ACCGUCGCCCCAUGGACGUGGCCACGGGCCCCGAGUCGCUGGAAAGGUGCUUCAGCCGGGGCCCCGCCGACUGCGCCAAGAUGCUGGACGGGAUUAAAAUGGAGGAUCACCCGCUGCGAUCGGGACCCGCGACGCUCGGAGUUUUACUGGGCUCCGAGUGCCAGCACCAGGCCGUCUGCGAGGGCUGCCAGCGGCCCAUCUCCGACCGCUUCCUGAUGCGCGUCAACGAGUCGUCUUGGCACGAAGAGUGUUUGCAGUGCGCCGUGUGUCAGCAGGCUCUCACGACCAGCUGCUAUUUCCGGGAUCGCAAGCUCUAUUGCAAGCAAGACUACCAACAAUUGUUUGCUGCAAAAUGCAGCGGUUGCAUGGAGAAGAUCGCCCCAACAGAGUUUGUGAUGAGGGCUCUCGAGUGCGUCUAUCACCUGAGCUGCUUCUGCUGCUGCGUCUGUGAACGGCAGUUGAGGAAAGGAGACGAAUUCGUUCUGAAGGAAGGGCAGCUGCUCUGCAAAAGUGACUACGAAAAGGAGAAAGACCUGCUGAGCUCCGUCAGUCCAGAUGACUCCGAUUCAGUGAAAAGUGAUGAGGAGGAGGGAGACGUCAAACCCACCAAAGGACAAACAAACCCAGGGAAGGGUGGUGACGACGGAAAGGAUCCGAGGAGACCAAAGCGGCCACGGACGAUACUGACGACACAGCAGAGAAGAGCUUUCAAGGCCUCCUUCGAAGUUUCUUCCAAGCCAUGUAGGAAGGUUAGGGAGACGCUAGCAGCUGAAACAGGCCUCAGUGUUCGUGUUGUCCAGGUGUGGUUUCAGAAUCAAAGAGCAAAGAUGAAGAAAUUGGCCCGACGACACCAGCAGCAGCAGGAGCAGCAGAAUUCUCAGCGAUUAGGUCAAGAAGUAAUGUCCAACCGAAUGGAAGGGAUGAUGACAUCCUACACGCCGCUAGCACCACCGCAGCAGCAGAUCGUAGCGAUGGAUCAAAGCAACUAUGCCACUGACCCCUUCCAGCAAGGUCUCACCCCACCACAAAUGCCAGGUGACCACAUGAACCCCUAUGGAAACGACUCCAUUUUUCAUGACAUCGACAGUGAUACCUCUUUAACUAGCUUGAGCGACUGUUUCCUGGCCUCCUCGGAAGUUAACUCCAUGCAGGCUAGGGUAGGGAACCCUAUUGACAGGCUGUACUCUAUGCAGAGUUCCUAUUUUGCCUCAUGAAAUUCAAAGGAAGAAAACAAAACGGAAAGGAAGCCGAUCUUUGCGACUGACGUU